AUGCGCAGGUCGAAAAUUGACAAGCUCUCGAUCUUGGGAGUCCGCUCCUUCGAUAACACACGUAGCGAGACGAUCCAAUUUCAUACCCCUCUCACUCUGAUCGUUGGGUACAAUGGAUCGGGAAAGACGACCAUUAUCGAAUGUCUCAAAUAUGCGACCACCGGCGACCUUCCCCCAAACAGCAAAGGCGGCGCUUUCAUCCAUGACCCCAAGCUAUGCGGCGAGAAAGAAGUCCUCGCCCAGGUGAAGCUUUCGUUCAACGGGACCUCUGGCGCAAAGAUGGUCGCGACCCGCAGUCUGCAGCUUACGGUCAAGAAAACAACAAGGCAGCAAAAGACACUUGAGGGCCAGCUUGUCAUGGUGAAGAAUGGCGAGCGCGCCUCAAUCUCCUCGCGGGUGGCGGAACUCGAUCAAAUCAUGCCUCAGUAUCUUGGUGUUUCCAAAGCGGUGUUGGACUCGGUGAUAUUUUGCCAUCAGGAUGAAAGCCUGUGGCCCAUGAGCGAACCCUCCGUGUUGAAAAAGCGAUUCGACGAGAUCUUCGAAGCCAUGAAGUACACCAAGGCCAUCGAUAAUAUCAAGGCUUUGCGGAAAAAGCAGACCGAGGAACUAGGAAAGUUCAAGAUCAUGGAGCAAAAUGCAAAGGAGGACAAGGAGAAGGCUGACCGAGCCGAAAAACGGUCCAUCAAACUCCAAGAUGAAAUCGAGGCGCUGCGGGAGGAGACUCAGCAAAUGUCCAAGGAAUUGCGGCGUGUAGCCGAAUUAGCUGAUAAAGCUUGGAAGGAAUCCGAGAGCUACGCACAAGUGCUUGGCGCUUUAGAGGGCAAACGCAUCGAGGCCAAGAGCAUUGAAAGGACCAUCGACAAUCUAAAGAGACAUCUCGUGGAGCUUGAUGAUUCGGACGAAUGGCUGCAGUCCAACCUCGAGCAAUUUGAAACGAAACAAAUUGAUUUCCAACAGCAGGAGGAGUCCCAGAAGGAAAACUACGUGGAACUCAAAGAGAGAAUUGAGACUGCCCGACAUAGACUAGGUCUCAAGCAGGCGGAAAAUGGCAAACACGAAAACGACAAAGCGAAUUAUGAGCGACAGAUUCAAAAACGCCAAAAUAUGAUCAACGAAACUGCCCGCAAUAACAAUAUUCGCGGAGUUGACGACAAUAUGGACCAGUCUGAGAUCGAUGAUUUUAUGCAGAAGGUCCGGCGCCAUUUGCGCGAGCAAAAUUCAUCACUCGAUCGCGUGAAGCGGGAAGCUCAACGUGAGCUUCGUGAGGUACAAACUACACUGAACGAAAUUGGUCAAAGGAAAUCCGCACUACAGGAGGCCAAGAACGCUGCAAAGAGACAAAUCGCAGCGAACGACAAAGAAGCGGCUCUGCAUCAGGGAAAGCUUAACGAGAUCGAGGUUGACGAAGGUGUCCAGGCAGCCCUCGAAGCCAAGAUUGAAGACAUCUCUUCGAGUCUCGAGGCCGCAAAAGAGAGGGCCAAGAACGCUGCGUGGGAACGACAAACCCAAGACAUCACCGCACAAUUGCAACAUCUGGAGGAUGAAGGGUUAAAGCUUAACACCGAGCUCAUCGAGUCCACAAAGAAGGCAGGUGACUUGGCUCGGUUGGAUCACCUGAAGAAGGAGUUGAAAGAUCGAGAUCGCGCGCUGCAAACUAUGAAGAGUGCUCAUGGGGAACGCUUGGCAAAAAUCGUCGGCCCUGACUGGCUACCUGACACGCUUGAGAAAGACUUUCAACGAGCGGUUGAUAGUCAAUCCAAACAGGUCGCUGAUGCUGAGCGCGCUCGUGACAAUGUUAAUCGCGAACUCGAACAGGUCGAGUUCAAGUUGAAUAAUGCGAAGAGGACCUUGAAGCAACGAAACAAUGAUCUGAACGAUUGCAAAGCUGAGAUUCGACAAGCAAUCGACGCCGACCCACCGGAGUACCCUGAGAUUGUCAAGGACCGCCAGGCUCAAUACGAGUUGGCUCGGAAGGACGCCGACCAAUAUGCUGGUAUGGGGGAAUACCUGAAUAAGUGUCUUGACGCGGCAAAACGUACAAAGAUGUGUCGCACGUGCCAGCGGUCUUUCAAGAACGAGACCGAACUUCAAACUUUUACGAGGAAAUUGGAAGCUCUUGUCAAAAAGGCUGGACUGGACGCCGAGGACGAAGCUUUGCAGGGUCUCGAGAAUGAUCUCGCGAUGGCUCGCGCCGCUCAUGGCUUCUAUGAACAGUGGACGCGUCUUUCCGAGACUGAAAUACCAGAGCUUGAGAAGGAAGAGCAACAUUGCGAGUUGCAGCGGGAUGAAUUGCUGGACAAGGUCGAGGCGCAUGAUCGCACGGUCGGUGAGAGAGUAGAGAGCAAAAGGGAUGUUGAAACAUUGGCAAAGACAGUGGCCACCAUCGCUAGGUAUGAUGCUGAGAUCAAGAACAUCACGUCCCAAAUUGAGGAUCUCGCGGCCAAACAGCAAGACGCUUCCAUGAGCCGCACAUUAGAGGACAUUCAAGAGGAAAUAGCUGCCUCCAACGAGAAGUCUCGCAACUUGAAGAAAACCCUCGCGAAACUCAUCCAUGAGAAGGAGCAGUCCCAAGUUGAGACGAAUAAGCUGGAACUCCAACUCAGAGAUGUUCGGGAUAGUCUCAGUAACACCAAGUUUCAGCUUGAAAGAAAAGCUGAUUUGCUGGUCCGCAUGGAGGAAUACAAAACACUCAACUCUCAGCAACGGGAGGCUAUUGAGAAAGCCGAUGGUGAUAUCGAGGCUCUGACACCGGAAUUGCUUCAAGCACAAUCCCGCUACGAUGAUAUUAGCCAAAAAGCUGAAACACGCGAACGCGAUUUACAGCUCGAAAUCAGUCGACUCUCUGACAGCAUUCACCAGCUGGAUCUUGCUAAUGAAGAUAUCAACUCAUACAUCGAGCGAGGAGGCCCCGCUCAACUGGAGCGAAGCAAAGAAGAACUGGUCCGACUUGAAAAUGAGAUCAGCCAAUUCGAAAGGGAACAAGGCGAGAUCACGAGAGAAAUCAACAGAAUAUCUGCCCAACUCAAAGACAGUGAGAACACAAAACGACAAUACUCUGAUAAUUUGACGUAUCGCCAAGCUACCCGAUCUCUGGACAAUGUGCUCGAAGAGAUCGAGGAACUGGAAGCGCAAAACGCAGAGGUUGAUCGCAGUCGCUUUAAACAGGAGUCGGAGCGCUGGACCCGCGAGCAUAACGCAUUGGCUGCAAAACAGGCCAGCAAAAUGGGUGAAAUGAAGUCGAAGGAUGACCAAUUGAUGCAAUUGUUAGCCGACUGGGAUACGGACUACAAGGACGCGGCAUCCAAAUACAAAGAGGCGCACAUCAAGGUCGAAACUACUAAAGCUGCGGUCGAUGAUCUCGCACGUUACGGGGGUGCUUUGGAUAAGGCAAUCAUGCGUUAUCAUGGCUUGAAGAUGGAAGAAAUCAAUUCCAUCAUUGGCGAGCUCUGGCAGAAGACCUAUCGUGGAACUGACGUCGAUACGAUUCUCAUCCGGUCAGACAACGAAAAUGCCAAGGGCAACCGGUCGUACAAUUACCGGGUAUGUAUGGUGAAGUCGGGCGCGGAAAUGGACAUGCGUGGCCGCUGCAGCGCUGGUCAGAAGGUCCUCGCCAGUAUCAUCAUCCGACUUGCCCUUGCCGAGUGCUUUGGUGUGAAUUGUGGCCUCAUCGCUCUCGACGAACCGACCACCAAUCUCGACCGCGACAAUAUCCGCUCGCUCGCCGAAUCGUUGCACGACAUCAUUCGUGCCCGCCAACAGCAGGCCAACUUUCAACUCAUCGUCAUCACCCAUGACGAAGAAUUCCUCCGCCAUAUGCAGUGCGGCGACUUUAGCGACUACUACUACCGGGUUUCACGGAAUGAGAGACAAAAAUCGAUCAUUGAGAGACAAUCCAUCGCCGAGGUAGGUGACCGAAUCUUCGGAGUCGUCUUCAAGACGAGAUUGCGCCAGCUAAUGCUAAUACCCGCUCUCCUUCACUAG